ACAAUCAACUAGCAACGCGCUAAGCUUGGCGUCUGUCUCUACUGUUUUAGCAACAUUAGCAGUCAGAAGAUCUGUGAAUAAAACCUGAAGCAAUGAGUUUGACUGUCAGGACCGAUCUAACAGCCGACAAGAGCAAAAGAAAGAAGAGAAGAGAACUUACCGACGAGCAGAAGGAUGAAAUCAAGGAGGCGUUUGAGCUGUUUGAUACAGACAAGGACAAAGAAAUAGACUAUCACGAGUUAAAGGUGGCUAUGAGAGCUCUGGGUUUCGAGGUGAAGAAAGUAGACGUGUUAACGAUCUUAAAAGAUUACGACAGAGAAGGAACCGGGAAAAUAUCUUUUGAUGAUUUUAAAGAAGUAGUGACAGACAUGAUUUUGGACCAAGACCCGAAGGAAGAAAUUCUGAAGGCGUUUAAGCUGUUUGACGACGACGAAACGGGAAAGAUCAGUCUGAGGAACCUGCGGCGCGUGGCCCGGGAGCUCGGGGAGGACAUGAGCGAUGAAGACCUGCGAGCCAUGAUCGAUGAGUUUGACACGGACGGGGACGGAGAGAUAAAUCAAGAAGAGUUUGUCUCCAUCAUGACCACCGACUCGUGAGCAGAUGCGUUUACACACUAAGUCCAUCACAUAGCAGCUGCUUCUGAUUUGUGGACAUUAAACCUCAUUUCACACAAACAAUCUGAACGGUAGGUCCGCUUGAGUUGAAUCUGACCUGGAUGUUCUCAAAGCAUCUCAUUGCUGGACUUGAAUCGGUUCGUUAGAUUUUUAUUGAGAUACUUUGUAUUUUAUUGUUGCGAAAUUCUUGUUACUGUAUGUCUCUGCGAAAUGAACAACUACAGUACAUUCAAACUACAGUACAUUAACAAAGUCGUAUUUAAUGUAAAUACACAGUAUUAAAAAAACAAUCGAUUGUCUCAUUGACUAAAAUCAAAAGCAGCAUCAUCAUCACACUGGCACAAGUGGUAGAGCUGUCUCAGGCCCUGAGAAACAAAAGAAAACAAAAUGAAGGUGAUUCCAAACUGAAAAGAUCUGCUCUGAUCUACAUACACCUUUCAAAUGAAUUAGGCAGAUGUUCAUCUCUUUGAUAUCUGUGAACACCUGGGGGAAAACUCACUCCCAGAGAGGGCAAACAUAGUUUGUGUAAACCACAGUGUGUUUGGAUAAAUCAAUGAACUUUGAUGUUGGACUUUAGGAGAUUCUUUGUCUUUGGGCAAUUUAACAAUUUUAGUUCUGUGUUGGGUCACCACUUAAGCGCUCAAUGAACUUGAUGAACUCAUUGAAUUUUAGUGGUGACUCUACUGAAGGUCACAUGUUUUAUCAUCAGAGAAAUAUCAGGUGUGGUGUUUAUAGAUCAAUAUGUGUUGUGUUAUUGUGUUGUUAGAGGGAAUUUGUUCUCAUAUAUUUUAUCGUAAAUAUUGAAGGCAGCUUUCGAACUAUAGUUUUUAAGUUAAAUCAAACUAGCUUUACAAGUCACACAUUUGAUUUUAAACAAUAUUAAACAAACUUAAAAACUGUAGUUAUAUUUAGUACUAACUAUUAAAGGGACAGUUCACAAAGAUAAACAUUCUGUCAUCAUUUACUCACCUUUGAGUUUUCAGAUCAGCAUUUUUUUUUUCUGAUAAGCACAGAGAAAGAUAUUUGGAAGAAUGCUUGAAACCAAACACUUCUUGGACCCCAUUCACUACCAUAGUAGGGAAAAUUACUUUUUUAAAAAUGUUUUCUUCUCUUGAACACAAAAGAAGAUAUUUUGAAGAAUGUAGGACAGCAAACAGUUCUGGGGCACUUUUGACUUCCAUUGUCAUUUUUCCUACUAUGGUAGUCAAUGGGGUCCAAGAACUGUAACAAGCAUUCGUCCAAAUAUCUUUUCUCUAGUAGUUACAAACUUGUCUUUGUUUGGUUGAACACAGAGACAUAAUUUGAACUAUCCCUUUACCUUGAUUUUAUAAAUGAUGUGAAAUAGAACUACAUUUAGAAGUCACUUUAACUUAAGUUCAGAUGUAAAGCCAGUUUGAAUUUAAGGCACUUGAGUUGAAAGUUUAUUUUAGGUUUUGUAGGUGUAUUUUCAUAUCUGGCCAGUAGAGGGAGACAUCUGACAUUGUUUGGGUAUCCAGAUCAACUGCUGUCAGAGAGAACAGUGGAAACAAAACUCCCACAUUACCCAAACUUAAUUACAAGUUAUGAAACAAAACUCUCCUACUUAAGGAUAGAGCGGUACACGUAUGUCUGAGAAUGGUUUGUUUCAUGUCCACCCACAUGAGAUCAUUUAUUUGUCAUUUCAGAGUGACACUGAGAUGACACAAAAUGACUUUAAAUGUCUGAAUGUGUUAUGCAUCACUUCCUAUGACAUUUAUCUCAAAUAAAAAUAUCACCCCAGCUCUCUGUCUGUGCUGUGGUCAGGAGGCUUCGGUCAGUGUGUCUUUGUCUAGAGGCAGAGCUAUGAACAAUCACAUCGGUACAGAAUCGGUUGUCAUGGAUGCAGGUCAGAGGAGCACAGAUGGAAACCAAGCCGUGUGUUUUCUACCUGCUAAAUUUAAACCAAACAAAUCAGUCCAAGAUUAAUGAAGUUUGCUAAAUGCCAGAUGAAACAGAUUUACUUUUCCUCGAACACACAGAGCACGUGCAGUAUUGUCUUGAUAAAACCACCACGAACAAUAAUACUCUAGUAAAAUGUCUACACUGUGAAAAAAUCAAGUAAAAAAACGGAUAAAGUACUGGCAGAAAAUUACCAGUACAUUUUCCUUUAUUUUACGGACAUUUCCGUUUAUGCUAAAAUGCAAUUUAAUCAGUGCAAAACGUAAAAUACAGAUAAAACAACUGUAAAAAAUGAAAAAUAGGGAAAAUUCCUUUAUAUUAAUACAGUACAGUAUAUUGUGCCCUAUUUUUAGGGAUUUUUGUGUAGAUACUAUAGUGUUUUUGAAAAUUACCAGAGUAAAUAAGACAGUAUACUACAGUAUUUACUACAGUUUAUCACAGAAUACUUUAACAAAGUUUAGAAACAGCUGUCAUAUUCACUAUAGUUAACUGUUGUAGUAAUGUUGUAUGUGUCGACUAUUUAACAAAAAAAAGAAAGUUCCCAAUGUUCCAAACGUGAUUUAUAAUUUUCUUAAUUUGUGUAUGUUUAGUUUUAAAAUAGAUAUGGGGCAUGCUUUGGGGGAGAUAAUUGUGAGUUUGUAGGAUAUUUUUGUUUAUAACUAGAAGUGAAAACAAUACCAAAAGUACUGAAAUGAUUUGAUGGUAAAAAUGUGGUGAAAUGUGAUACGGCGAAAAUCACUGGUGUCAAAGGUCAUCCUGUCAUUACCGUCAGGCCAGAGCGCGGUGGUAAUCGCUUCCUUUUCAGUUGUGGAGAGAGUCAGCAGGGACAGCAUCUCUCGUGAAAGAUGCGUUGAGGUUUAGAAAGCGACCUCAGGCCGACAUCAAAGCUGAUUUCUGACAAAACGUGACGGUUGAUUCUCGAUUAGCAGCGAUGGCAGGACUCUCAGAUGUGUAGACUCAGUCGGAUUGGUUUUCUUUGGUAAUUAUACAGAGCAGUGGCUCAAUAAAGAAGUCAAUGGUAGCGGCGGGGCAUUCGCUCUCAUUUUGGCUUUGAGGCUCCGUUAACCGCUGUCAUUUGGAGCGUAUUUAACUUUGCUGUAUCUUAAGUGGAAGCCACACGAUCGAGGCGUUCUCCAAAAGACGUUUUCCCCACACAUGCUCAUUUAAAGUUGGAGGGAAGCGUUUGUUAGAAGACUGGCGUGUCUGUGCAUUUCAUGUUUAUUUAUAGCAUAUAUGAUCCAAUUACUAUCAGUCAAACUCAAAGACGCCCGCUUUAGAAACUCCUGUGAAGUGUUCUGAGCGAACGCCACAAAUUCUCCAGUGAAUCGGAAGGAAUUCUUGAGGCCAGAUUUUGGCGCGUGUUGUCUGUCUUCCUCUGUAGUUCAACAUCAUGUCCAAGAAGAGUUUUGUGUAUUUUGCUGACUAAGUAAAUCCAGACGAGAAGGUUUUUCUGUGACCUCGGUCUGGACGUGUAUACUCCAUAACUACUGGUUAAAUGUUCGGACACACCUCACUUGAUUCAGUUCAUGUUUCUAUCCAUAUAAUCAUAUUAAACACCUCUUGAUUUAAGUCUUAAAAGAGGAAAAUUAAUUGGACUAACAUGUAAAAGUAACCACAUGUAAAAAAAAAGUAUUCGAAUCAAAUAAAUCUUUAAAGGGGUCAUAUGGCAUGAACACGUGUUUUUCUGUGUCUUUGGUGUGUUAUAAGUUGCUCAUGCAUGUAUGAGACACGUAAAAUUGCAAAUAAAUAAAGAUGCAUUCUAUGUAAAAGACCUGUCUGAAACACCUCGUGUAACCACACCCCCACAAAUCUACGUCAGCUGGUGGUCUGAUUUGACUAUGACCGCCCAAAUGUAGACUCAAGUAAGGUGGGCGUACCUGUCAGUACAACUGAAGAGGAACCUGAUGUUCCAAAUAUGGUCAGAGGCGUUACAUUUCCCUCACACGCUUGCAGUAUUCCACCAAUCACUACGCACUGGUGAACUGGCCAAUCACAGCACACCUCGCUUUUCAGAGCCAUGAGCUUUGUCAAAAAUCUGCGUGUUUCAGAGAGGCGGAGCAAAGAGGAGAUACAAACAUGCACGGUGUGUGGAGAAUACAGCGUUUAUCAAACUUAAAUCCUGUUUACACAUUACAUUACAUCUAAAACAAACCAUAAUAUUCCUUUUAGCCGUGUCAUAUCACCCCUUUAAAAAAAUUAGAUGACUUAGCUGCAAUAACAUGGAGCUGAACGAAAAAAUAACCUUCAUUACGAGCUUCUGUUUCAUAAUCUUAAUUUCUGGUGUUCAAUUCAGUUCAAUUUUAUUUAUAUUGCGCUUUUCACAAUGUGCAUUGUUCCAAAGCAGCUUUACAGGAGAAAAUAAGAAAAACUGAAAAACACAGUAAACACCAUGCGCUGUGUUUUACCUUUUCUGUUUGUAGAACGAGCGAGAUCAUUCUAAUAAAUAAUAAAUCAUCUCUAAUAUCAGCAGUCUCCGGUGAGCACGCCAACACGGCCCUGUGGCGAGGAACACAAACUCCAAUGAGAAAUAAAUGGAGAGCCAGACUCAGCCGGGAGGACCAGAUCUCCUCUGACGCGUCACAGCUGCACUCACUGACUUUGAUUUAAAGGUUUCUGAGCAAAUGUUUAUGAAAAAUAGGGAGAGCUUAUUAGUUGUGAGGAAGUUUCAUUUGUUGUCUGACAUCCAUCACAAAAUAUGACAGAACACAUUAUGCCAUUACUAUUUUUCCUGCUUAAAAUUAGACCUAAACAGUUUCAACAAUGUUCUAUGUGAAGUGUCCAAACUUUUGGCUGCUUGUGUAAGUUUGGAAAGCUUUUCAUAUUUUCCUUCUGAAGAUGCGUGGUGGUCAAUAUGAGCUCAUGAGUUCUCGGUGUCAGAUCUGUGAGGAGGAGUCGUUGGUUAUGGGUCAGGACAUGUGAUCUGGGAACGCUCCAGUGGUUCUCAUGAACCGAGUGUUUGCUCAUGGGGAUUUGUGGGACUGUCACAGCUUCAUCUUCAUUUCUGACGGGUGCGUGUGGUGUUUGGGGAAUACAGUCUCUCAUGUGGGUUGGAAGAAAUUAAACGCAUGUGAAGAUUUUGGCUCGCUGCUCAUUAGCACCUGUGAUGGGCUGAUUUAAUCAACCACACCAGACAGAUUAAUAACGUUAAACCACAGAACCAACAGCAGCACUGAUGUCUGUGGAUGGAAAGAUAUAAAUAAGUGCGAAAGUCAAGAUAUAAAACAACAUUUUUACGUGACGGCUCAGUUCGCUGAUAUGCAUUAAAGCUGAAAGCAUGUUUAGAUGUUUAUUUUCAUAUUUACACAUAAAUGAUAAUGAACAUGAAAUGAAUUCUGGUUGAGUGGUUAAGGAAAAACAUGUCGUCAUGGUUUGGUGCAAUGAACAGUCAUAUGAAGGUGAGCGAAUGAUAUUUCAUUUGUAUGAAAGUAAGUCAUACAGGUUUGGAGUGAUGAUAGAAUGUGUAUUUUUUGGGUGCACUGUUACUUUAAAACACUUGAAAACUUGACAGACAAUGUCAAGAAGUCUUGUGAACAGACCGGUGUGGAUGAGAUGCUUGCUGGACAAACACGUGAGAGAAAAUUGCCGUUUAGUCCCAUGAUGAUAAAUCAUGACAUCACAUUACCGCAGUGGAAGAAUGAAAAUAUGAUUAUAUAUACAGUAUAUUUCAACCUCUUAUCAACUUUUUCCUUUGUGGAGUCUCAGGUGAUUAUUUUAGGACGUUUGGAUUAACCUCAUAUUUUAUGUACUUAGAGUUGCUUAGCUGUGAUUUUUCUUUCUUGUUGCUUCUACAUUCUGAGAUCUCUUUCAUAUCUCUAGACAUUAAUGAGAUUAAACUUUUGCUUAAGUCUUGUUUUCGUCUCAGAUAUUUCUCUUGAGAAAAAGAAUCAUGAGAGUUUGAGAAGAGAUGUGUGAAACUGAGCUCAGAUUCCUCUCGUCUGCAAUCAAAAGUCAAUAUUACUGAACAUCUCAAUAUCAACUCAAACAUGUCUCAUCACAUUUACUCAAAUCCAGACUCUUCAUGUGUUACACUCUUGAUUUUCU